AUGGGGAACUCGAAUAGCUCUAAUAAAAUAUCUGCACAAGACCGAGCGAUACUUGAUAUGAAAAACCAGCGUGACAAGCUACACCAGUAUCAGAAAAGAAUUACAGUUCUCACAGACCGCGAAACUGCCAUCGCGAAAGAAUGUCUCGCCCGAAAUGAUCGAAAACGCGCCCUUCUUGCUCUGCGGCGGAAAAAGUAUCAAGAAUCGCUUUUAGCGAAGACCGAUGCACAACUAGCACAACUCGAACAACUGACCAGUCAGGUUGAAUUUGCCCUCGUGCAGAAGGAUGUUCUCUUCGGGUUACAGCAGGGUACCCAGGUCCUUAAUACCAUCCAUAAGGAGAUGGGGGGUAUUGAAGGGGUAGAGAAAUUGUUGGGGGAGAACGAGGAGGCAAGGGCUUACCAGGAGGAAGUUAGCCAGAUGCUUGCGGGGCAUUUGUCUAACCAGGACGAGGAUGAGGUUGAGGACGAAUUGGAGACCCUGCGUCAAGAAGUACAGGGGCCGGUCAGCCUCCCGGAUGCGCCCAUAGGACUGCCACCAGGAGCAGAGCAGGAACCGGAAUCAGACCUGGCGAAGCAGAAAGCCAGAGCGCGAGCCAGGGCCCGAGAACGAACUGCAGUCCCUGCGUGA